GCGUCGAUCGCAGAGUCCUUCAAGAUGGAAUAGGAGAUGAUGCACCUACACCAUGGGAAAAUUUGUUGGAUUCAAUAAAGAAAUUGCGCGUUUGUAUUGAAGAUAAACUCGUUUAUACAGUCGCACAAAGCCAGCCACCUACUAAUGAUGGCGAGAGUUCAAAACUUUCAAUCGCAAAAGAUAUUGCAGUAACAGCAUAUAAAGAUCUACUGGAUGCAUUGAAGGAUGCAUACAAUUUUCUUUCAGACAAAAUCCAUGGUCCUGUUUAUUCAGGUACUUAUUUAAUGAUAUCGAUAAAUAGAAAAAUAAUGAUAAAUAACGUGUAGGGAUACCAAUGAUAAAAAAUAUAUAACAAUAGGUAACGUGCACUUA